GCGCGUGUGUCUGCAUAGAAUUAUAGGUGUGUGUCUCUAACAGCAAAGGCAGCUAGAUAGCGAUAUCCUGUUGAACGUUCCCGUGUGGGCGCGGGCAGGGAGGAGAAGCCGGGCGCCGUGUCCGCCGUGUGGCGGCGGCGUGCCCGCGGAGCCCCUGGGUGCCCAUAUGGUCGCGCCGCUCUGCUUGCCUCGGGCUCUGUGAAGAGACUCUUCAGCCAUGGAUGUGUUCAUGAAAGGGCUUUCCAAGGCAAAGGAGGGAGUCGUAGCAGCAGCAGAAAAAACCAAGCAGGGUGUGGCAGAGGCAGCAGGAAAGACGAAAGAGGGAGUCCUCUAUGUGGGUUCCAGGACCAAGGAGGGAGUUGUUCAUGGUGUUACAACAGUGGCUGAGAAGACCAAAGAGCAGGUGUCCAAUGUUGGGGGAGCUGUGGUGACAGGAGUGACGGCGGUGGCGCAGAAGACGGUGGAAGGAGCAGGGAACAUCGCUGCAGCCACUGGCUUGGUGAAGAAGGACCAAUUGGCCAAACAGAAUGAAGAAGGUUUCCUGCAGGAGGGAAUGGUGAAUAAUACAGGUGCUCCUGUGGAUCCUGAGAACGAGGCUUACGAAAUGCCUCCAGAGGAAGAGUAUCAAGACUAUGAGCCUGAAGCAUGAGAGCCCUUUCCUUUCUUUCACCUGAAAUCUACUUACUACUAAAGACGUCCCAUCCUGUACAAGUGCUGAGUUCCAAUGUGCCCAGUCGUUAAAUUUUUUUACAGUUUUUAAGGUGUAUUUUGAAGUCUUCCAUCAGCAAUGAUUGGAGUAUCUGUGACUGCAUCCACCUUGUUUCAGCAUUUCCCUCCUGCUGAAAUGAAAGCCGGUUGGCAGGAUCAUUGUUGUGCUGUGGAUGUUGUGGCUUCAAGUUUAAAAGUUAAAAAAGAAAAUAUUAAGUAAAAACACCUAAGUGUCUACUGCUUAUUUCUAAUUCUGUACAUGUUUUGUUGAUAGGCUGUCAGUAAUUUGAUAUUGUUUAUGAUACAGUUUUUGUUUCCUAUGACUAUUCUUUCUGUGCAGAGAUGACUUAUUGUGAGAGCUUUAUAUAUAUGUGUAUGUAUUAUACAUAUAAAGAAGUAAUUGAGCAUGAACUAUGCACCUAUAAAUAUUAGCUGUUGAAAUUUUAUUGUUUUGUGAUGUGUUUUAUUAACUUGUGUCUGUAAAUAAUGGUGUUCAACUGAAGCAAAUAAAAUGUAACCCAUUAAAAAUUAA